AUGUUUUUCAAGUCAGCAAGAACGCUGUCUUUACUCAUCGCCAUAUUUGGCGCAUGUAUCUCUAAUACAACCCAGUCCACAUUAAGGAGACUGAAGACAUAUCUCCAAGGGCACACCGCUACAGCUGGCAUUGCUGUUCAACUCCAGGUUGACAAACAGGUCAACAUAAGUUUGUUGCCAAUGUCCAUCUCCAAUCUCAAUGCUGCCGAGCAGACAUUCAGCUUCAGUGCCGGUGUCUCGAUGAAAUGGUUCGACCACAACCUAGCUUGGAACAAAACUGAGUAUGAUGAUAUUGAAAAUGUGAUCAUCUCGGAAGACUCCGUGUGGACACCUUCCGUGAUCAUCCCGAACGGUGUUGACAACGUCGUACCGGGCUCAGAACUAUCUCCUGAGAUUCAGAGUAGAGGCAAAGCAAAGCAACUAAUCGUUGAGAGUUUCAAGACCAGUUGUCAAAUAGACAUCACUCUGUACCCGUUUGACCAGCAACGAUGUAGCAUCCUGUUCAUGCCUGUCAAUAGUUUCAAUUUCGGACUAUAUACGACUGGUUCUAUAAUGGACACUCUACCGACUUUCUUCAUUGAGAACAGUGAAUGGGAGUUGGUUGACAUACAUGCCAAGGUUAUGGACCCCCAACUGAUAUUUUUAUCAAGAUUUGCAUCGUUUGAGUUUCUCCUGAAACGCAAGAGCAUGUUUUAUAUAGUGAGUAUCAUCUUUCCUAUGGCUCUUCUCUCUCUGCUCAACGCCUGUGUGUUCCUCCUACCAGCUGACUCCGGAGAGAAGAUGUCCUACCUCAUCUCAAUAUUUGUGUCCUAUGCAGUGUUCAUGAACUUCGUCAAUGACUCGAUCCCCAAGUCUGGAGACGUGUGUCGACUGUCUGUGUACCUGACCCUCAUCCUCUGCCAGAGCUGCCUGACCAUCAUCACCACAAUGGCCAGACUCAACGUCCGCAAUAAUGGUCUCCUAUUUCAGACCAAGACGGACGUACAGGCAGCAAACGACAAUUCAAACACGACCAGCACUCAACGAACGAGUGUAAAAUCUGCGUCAAACGUCCGCCGCGCAGACUACGUUCUGUUCGGCAUGUUUCUGCUUCUGGCACUGAUGUCCCUGCUGGUGUUUUGCGUAUAA